CUCUGUAUUCAUUUAGUGUGAUACAUAAACCCUGGUGACAAAUCACCAAAACUUUUUUGUGUUCUUUUCAAUACAUUUUGCCACAAAUUAUUUUCAAAAACUUCAGCAAAUUUGGUUGUUUUUAAUUUCAUUGCUUAAUUCCUAUGCAAAAUUGUUCGGUGCGUAACAGUUAAUUUGGAAUUGUAUGAAACUUGUUCUAGUAAAAGCUUAAAAAGAGCGUAAAGUGAACGGGUGCGGAUAGAAAAUCGUAGGAAUUUUGCAAUAGUGCACAACGAAGUCUGUAACCAGUCAAGAUAGUGAAGAAAUUUCGAAGCUCGAAGGUACCAGUCAGCACAAGCAGGAAAAAGUAAAGCAAAAUGGUUGAUAAAUUCAUCAGCAUGUGGAAGGUGCGCGAAUUGGCUGAUAAAGUCACCAAUGUCGUAAUGAAUUAUACAGAAAUCGAAGGAAAGGUACGAGAAGCAACAAAUGAUGACCCUUGGGGGCCUACUGGCCCUUUAAUGCAAGAGUUGGCGCAUUCGACUUUUUCAUAUGAGAGUUUUCCGGAAGUGAUGUCUAUGCUAUGGAAGCGUAUGUUACAAGACAAUAAAUCCAAUUGGCGAAGAACCUAUAAGAGCUUACUUUUGUUGAACUAUUUGGUACGUAAUGGAUCCGAGCGUGUGGUGACAUCCUCGCGAGAACACAUUUAUGAUUUACGGUCGCUGGAAAACUACACAUUCACCGAUGAAGGUGGCAAGGAUCAGGGUAUCAACGUUAGGCAUAAGGUUAGAGAAUUAAUAGACUUCAUACAGGACGAUGAACGGCUACGCGAUGAACGAAAAAAAGCCAAAAAGAAUAAGGAUAAGUACAUUGGCAUGAGCAGUGAUGCGAUGGGUAUGCGCAGUAUGAGUGCACAAAGUAGCGGUUAUAAUGACUGGCGUGCGCAGCGCAGCGAUUUCGGUGACAAUUGGUAUUCUGAUGCGCGUGGCGGUGAUCGUUACGAGGACGAAGACGCGCAGUACGAGGGCGAAAGGGAGUACUCCGAUAGCGAUUCUCCCAGUCCGAGGAGAGCCUAUCGCUAUAACGAUCGUUCGAGUCCCGCUGAAAUUGGAACGGAAGCAAAGCCGCCGAAUUCCAUCAGUAUGAAUUUACGUCCAAAAUCUGCGACGAGCAGCACGACGUCGAGCAUCACAAGGCAACCAGCGGCGAAACCGGCUGUUGGUGCUAAAAAAAUUGAUAUGGGUGCUGCAGCGAACUUUGGUAAGAUGUCACCUUCUGCAGCAGGCAUACAUUCGCCGACUCAUCGUGAUACACCAAUCGGUAAUGGCGAUGAUUUGAUUGGUGGCAGCAGUGGCGGUGGUGUAGGCAGUGGGGCAUCAUCUAUUAACAAUAAUCUUACGAACGUACAACAACACAGCAAUAGCAGCAAUAAUAACAACAAUAGUUUAAUAGAUGAUAUUUUCAAAACGUGCGCCGUGCCGAAUGAUAAAACAUUGACCAGUGCUGCUGUUACGCCUGAUGACUUGGACGAUUUCAACCCGCGUGCAAUUGAGUCCAAGCAAUCGCAAGAGUUCGGUGAUUUCACUUCGGCCUUUGGUAGUGCUGCGGUACCGGAACUACCCUCGGCGAACAUUGCAUCAGCUUCCACCGAUGAAUUUGCCGACUUUUCAGCAUUCCAAGGAAGUACAACUUCAAAUAUUUCUAGUGGAGUAGACAACAAUUUGCUGACAACUGCAACACCAGCUAAUGAAUCGUUUGAUUUGUUCAGCGGUUCCACUACAACUGUUUCCACAACAGCAGCGUCUGGUGCUUCAACAGCCACGGAUCUAUUGGCUGGCCUAGGGGACUUGUCCAUUCAUCAAAGCAUGCCAAUGGCCGAGGACGGCAAUGAAGAGACGCACACAAUCGAAACAAUACCUGCCACCGUUAGAAAUGCAUUGAAACAGGCAAUUAGCACAGUCCAAUCCAUACCGCAAGUGGCAUGCGCAGCUGAUACAGCGAAAAUUGUGAAAAUAAUUGAACAAUUAUAUAACAAUGGAGCCUUGCCCGGAUAUUGCACAGCGGAAAAAUUAGUUGGACUAGACAAGGAUGAAUUCGAUUGGUCCCAGAUCACCGCGUACGAGUAUGCCGAACUCUUGAGAAGCUUAACGAAAUUAUUUAACUGCGAAUGGCCUAGCAUUAAGCCAUCCGUUGGUGAUGUGCAAGUUUUGAAUCUAUUAAAAAUUGACUACAGCUUCGCCUUCAUAUAUGAAACAUUCUAUGCACUCAACAAGCAUUUGGCUAACGCAGACGGCGAUGUAUCCUCAACGACAGUCGAUGUGCUGACAGAGCUCGUUAGCGACACCCAAUUGCUGCCAUUAGCUAUAUUACACAUUUGUCGAGAACAUGCGGCGCUAAUACAGAAAUUCAAAUCUAUAUUGCAUGCCUUGCCGGCACAACCUUUGGAAGAAUUCAAUGCAGCUGUUACAGAAUUUUUGCAAAUUAUUAUAGCGAUGCCAAGUUGUGUUGCCAAUAAGUUGGGGCAGGCGCUACCAGAUACAUUUAUGCCUAGAUAUUAUGGACAUCUUCUGCUCCUGCAUUUGUUGCGUGUUUUCAAUUUCAUUUUUAAAUGUGAAGAUGUUUCCUGCUUCAACUUGGAAUUCUGCAGUAGACUUUUAAGCCGCAUUAUUACAAAUUUUUGUAGUAUCGACCAAGAUGCCAAUCAGUUAAGUGAGUUUUUGAAAAUUGCCGAUGAGUUUGCUAAGUUUCCGGUGCAGCGUGAUAUCCUACAAACCAUUUUUAUUUUGCUGGACGCGACCGCCGCACACCGGUUGGCUACGGUUAUGAUACUUUCUGCUCCUGAUGUCGAUGUUUAUCGCUUAAUUGGAAAUGCGGCCGCCGCUUCUGAAAUGUGGCGAAUUUGUUUCACCCAAAAACUGACGCUACAACGCGCGCCAGAUGCCGAACAUGCUCUGUGUGCUAUAGUUCGGUAUUUAGCUCUGAACGAUCAACAACUCGUCCAACAGCUCUUCAAACAACUACUUGACAUUUGGUCGAAACGUAGUGCAUUGCAGAAACUAACUGACAAGGAGCAUUUACGUAUUGCAAAAUUACUUAUAAUAGCCGCCAAACAACUGUAUAUCGAUCGAAAAGGUAGCAAUCUGCUCCAGUUGGAUGACAACAAGUAUAAACGCGAACUGCACGAAGCUUUGCGCUUCCAUCUUGAAUGUACGGACGUAGUGAAGCGCCAUAUAGGCAUGAAAGUUGUAGAGUUGAUAUUCAACUAUAUGGAAGACCCACAAACAAAAGAAGAGGAACGUUUACGUUUCGAAUAUGAAGAUGUUUUGAAGUUGCCGCGUGGCAGUCUAAUAACGGAACUCGAAUGUAUUGCUAACAAUUACAAACACGCUCAGAAAGCUGAGAAGGCGUACUCAACGAAUAAUGUGAGUAGAUUAAAAAAAUUAUUAGAAAACUUCACUGGAGAAGCGUCUAAAAUUAAUAAACCUGUAGUUCCAAAUUCCAAUUCCAAAACCGUUUCAUCGAACGCUUCUAAAGCAACUAGCGACAAUUCGCAGAACAUUGAAAAAUCAGCGCCCGCAAUGGAUCUAGAUUCGGACGACGAUGAAGAAGAAUACAAACCUUAUGAUAUGUCUAACGAUACGUCAGUUAUUACAGAAAAACGUCCCAAAUUUUUACUGGAUCUGCUACACACCUUAAGCACAAAAACAGACAAUUACGAAGUGUUUGAGGCUGCUAUGUCCUCAGCAGAACAGCUUAUACGCACGCAAUUGCCACAACAAGAUUCCCGACUUGCUGUUGAUCUAUUGCGCCUCUUUGUACCGUUAGAAAUGCAAUACUAUUUCGAAGAUUUCGAGCGCACGAAAUUCAAAUGUGGCUUAGCGAUUUGUGUCUCGUUACCUGGGCCCUCUGCGGAGUAUCUGUGUCGUGAAUUCCAUACCGACAACUCCUGUUACAAUGCCAAUUUGCGCAUUCUUAUGUUGCAAAUAUUGGCCGCUGCUGCUAAAGAGCUCUCAGGCAUCACCGCCGAAGCGGAAGUCAACAUUGAAACAGCGCUCAUACCAACACCAGCUAAGCAUCCGCGUAAAUUUAAUUUCGAAAAUGAGCACGAGUCACGUUUACUGGCAGCACAGCGAAUAGUACGACAACGUCUGAAGGAAAAAACCAAAAGAUUUCAUAGCCGCAAUAAAGCGUUGGACUCAAAGUUGGCGAAAACGAAUCGUUUCCAUAGUGUCGCAGGCACAUUCUUCUUCUCGCUUGUACGCGGCGCACGCACGCGCCAAAUGCUGUAUGUGAAGCCAGACCACAUUGCGCAGGAUAUAGAUGCGCUGUUGUUGGUGAAUUUCCUUCAUACCUUAACUGUGUUUGUGUUCAGCGCCCAGAAUUGUCCACUCCUGCCAGUAAUCGCACGAGAAGUUUUCGAUUUAUGCGCAUUUGUCCGAUUCAACGCCGAGGCGCGCAUACGUUUAGUCACGCUGGAGCUGAUUGGCGCCACUCUGGUGUGCACACCGUCACAUAUACUGACGACCCAGUUUGGCGAGCAGAUUGCUGAAAUACAACAAUGGCUGGAGGAUUUUGUGAAAUCUCCUCUAUUUGGUGGCGAAACAUCAGAAGAAUGCCGAGAUAUUGCUAAUCGAAUUCUGGACACCUGUUACAAACUUUAUUCCACACAACAAAUAGAAUGAAGUGUACGUUGAUUUUAAGAUUGAACAAUUUUCUUAUGUAGAUAAGUUACAAAAGGAAAAAACUGAAUAUAAUUCGAAUAAAUUAACAAUACAAAAAAUGUAUACAUAUUUAUUUUGCUUGAUAGAGUUAAGGUAGAGCAUGCGGUGCAUCUCCCAGUCUGCGGACCAAGACUUCAGAUUCGCAUUCUGCAUAAUGAUAUCAACGAACAAACGUACAAAUUGUAUGUAUGUAUGUCUGGCUAUGUACAUAGUACGCAUCCACUAUAUAUCACAAUUUUAUAAAACUUUAAGGCAAAUCUUUGUGAUUGAAAAACUACUUAAAAAAUACUAUUCUAUGGUUUUUAGUCUAAACAAAUGCAUUAUUUGCCCUACAAAGGCUUUAAGGGGUAUUUUAUUUAAAGGAAUUACCAUGGGCGUACGCAGGUGCGGGCUAGGGGGGGGAUGGCGCAUUUUAUAUUGAAGUGAAAUCACAAUAUAUCUACAAAAUUUAUGUGUACACUGAGACCUUUUUUUUUGUAAUUUAAAUAAAGCUAAAGAUACAAGUUUAUUUCUAUUGUACGAUUAAUGAAUGAAAAUUGUUAACAAUUAGAGUAUUUACAUAUAUGUAUGUGGAAUAAUACAGUUCGUUAAAAAAUGAUAGGGAUCUAGUGGCUGAAAAGUUACAAAAUUUAGUUGGAAGAUUCCUUGCACAUAUUUAAUAAUUAUAAAGCACAACAUACACUACGCUUUGCACCCAAAAUUUUUGCAAAAAGGAUCUCGUGCUUCCACAGUUCAAUGAACGCAGAACAAAAACAAAUGUGCUACAAGUGCUUAUGGAGUGAGCAGCUCUGAUUUAAAUAAACAAGUAAUUUUUUAGCAAAAAACACAACUAACUUCAAUUCACAUGUAAA